GUGCACUGAGUUUGAUCAUAAUAAUUGCGAGGGGGCUGCAGGGGGACUUCUCUGCCGCCACUUUCCUGUGGGUUCAGGCGGUGGGGCAGAUACUGCAGCAGUUGGCCAUCUUUCAGCUGUGUCUUUGUGCUACUAUGGAAGGGCACUGGUGUCUGGGCAGUGUGACUGGAGUGGGGUGUAAAGUGACAGUGUACAUCUCUGGCUGUCUCUUCCUGCUGCCAGAGUGGCUGACUGUGCCCCUGGCAGUGGACAGAAUAGUGGCCAUAGCAUUCACUCGAUUCUACCGCAACCUAUGUUCACCCCGCACCACUUGGUUUGUGGUUCUGCCAGCGAUACUGCUGGUUAUGUUGUUCAUGGUACCCAGGGCACUCACUGUCGACAUUGUGGAUGGGAAAUGUCUGAGCGACAGUCGCCUCUAUGACCAGAUGCUGUAUGCGAUGACGUUGCCAGCUCUGCUGUUUGUAGUGGCCGGUGUGGUUGCGAUAGUGGUGUGUUUGGCCAAAAGACACGAAGUGAGAAAUACUGCCGAGGCAAAAUGCCAUUAUCAGUCUAAUCUGGCGCUGAUUGGAACAUGUUCUAUCUACUGCAUCUCGGGAUUGCUGCAGUACUCACUCUUCUUUCUCGGCUUCUUCGUGCGCGACUACGAGAACGAGGAGCAGGGCCAGUUCCUAGUCGGCCUAGCGUACAUGCUUGGGUCAACUGGGGUCAUUGUGCGGGCGCCGGUACUUUUGAUGAUGGAACCACUGCGAGAAGCGUUUAAACGGGGAUUGCCUGUUAUCACAUGGAAGCGAGCGCGCAAAUAACACCGCACAAUGAUAUGUUAGCAGGAAAAUUUUCUUCGCCACAAACCAAAAGAAGACUAAAACUACACUGAGAAACAAAAAAUACGGAUACCACAAGCAACACUUCAAAACCAACUAUGCUCUUAGAUACUGUAGACUCUUUUCCGACAAACAUCCUGUGACAAGCAUCACUGGUCGAAAUACGUUCAGGGCGGGUACUUGAAGAACACCGAAAAUUUUUACUGAAUCGCUAAUUAAUCACCUGGUUGAUAAACUAACUAAUGUUACUUUUUUGCAUGAGCUUUUGUUCCUGAAUGAGUGUUCUGAUCAUGCGCAGUUAUAGACAUUUUCGCUUUAAAUUUUUUAGCACAAUUAUUUGUUAGUUUCCCUUUCGUUAGUUAAAUUAAUUUCUUCAAUGCACAAUCUAAUUACUAAAUGAUUAAAUUUUAUGCAUUUUUCAGUACGCAGUUUAAACCUAUUUCAUUCACUUUUCGGAAAGAUUUUAAUCCUUAUCAAAUGAUCCACUACAUUUGUUUCAAUACUUCAAUCAUAAAUUUCAAUACUGCAAUCGUAAAUAGCUUACCGUAUUCUUCUAUUUACUUAAUUCAAGUUAGUGUCAUUUUACAAAACCUGUUGACCCUGCACGCAAGCUCAUGUAAUACUCGUUUAGGUUAAUUGUAAACCUUGUGUAGAUUUAAUACACACUACAGGGGCGGAUCCAGGAUUUUUUCGAGG